UCUCAAUCCUCACAGGGAUAGACGCUCAGAUCACACCAUUGGUAACACGAAUGUUAAAAUACGCUUCAGUGCUGUCGUCGUUUCAUAAACAAGCCGAUGGCUUUUUCGUCACAGAAAAUGCGCAUAUACCAACAAGCAAGAGAUAUGAUGAUGAGAAAAAGAGUGGCGUGAAAUAGAGAGGGAAUUAAAAGAGGGCGAAAAAAAGUUAAAAAAGCAAGAAAUUCGAGAAAUGGGUUUCGAUUUAGGAUCUUCAAGCUUACUCUCAUCAUCCUCAUCUUCAUCUCUCUUGCUCUGUUCUCAUCGAAACUUAACAAGAAAGAAGAGGAGCUCGGUGCCCAUCGUUUCUCUUCGCAAUGCAAAAACCCAAGAAGAGAGCAAUUCCUCUCAGAGGAGAUCUUUUAUCUUUAUGGGCAUCUCGGUUCUUCCAUUGUUGCAGCUGAAAGCAACGGCGGCUGAAGAUUUAGACACAGCAUCUACAUUAGUAUCCCAAGCAAGUGGACUUGCAACCGUAUUUUUAUCUCCACGAAAUCGUACCAGGGAUCUAAAACUUAAAACUUCUGAACUUCCCAGCAAUUCAACAUCAAAAGACAAGAAAGACAUAAGAGAGCGAGAGGAACAAGAACCUGAAUUCAUAAUAUCAGAGAAGAAAGAUAUAGGGAAGCAAGAGAUUCAAGGAGCUGAACUAACAAAGCAGGGAACGUCAUUCACAGAGGCUAUCCAAGCUGAGCAUGUACCUACGCAAGAAGCUCGGGGGAAUACAUUUGUCUCUCUCUUCAACGUGUUUGGAAUAAUUGCAGCCGGUGUGCUCGGUGCAUUAUAUGCAACAUCUCAGAAGGAAAAGACAGCUAUGGAGUCAACUAUCGAAUCUAUAAAGGUGAAGCUAUCUGAAAAGGAUGCAGCGGCAGCUUUGCUGAAAGAGAAUUUAGAGAAAAGAUUAUUGAAGGAACGGAAGAAACAAGGAAAAAAAUUAGAGGAGGAGGCAGCUUCUUUAUCUAGUCAAAUAAGCUCCGCAAAAGGGAUAAUAGCAGCCUUAGGUCAGGAAGUACAAACUGGGAAAAAUUUGAUUCAAGAGCUUGAAUCACAAAUAUGCCAACUGGAUAGUGCUAUUGUACGAGCUGGAGAAGAUAAAAAUCAGCUUGAAGCCAAACUUAGAGAAAAGACUGAUACAAAUGAUGUCCUACAAGAUAAAAUCAGCCUUCUUACGUUAGAGGUAAAUGACAAGGAGAAGAACAUUGAACACCUCAAAUCCUUGCUUGCUGAAAAAGACUCAGAAUUGAAGAACUUGGGCUCCAUCAUCGAUCAAACUAGAACAGACCUUUCAGAAGCAAACUCCAGCAUGGAAUUGUUGAAACAGGAUCUUAUGGGAACUAGAGAAGAGCUUCAUUCAAAGGAAGCUUCAAUUGAUUGCCUAAAUGCAGAAAUUGAAUUGCUGAAUGUAGAAAAGGAUGAUGCAAUUAAAAAGUUUCGUAACCUUUCAAAAGAAUAUGAUGCGUUGAAGUCCUCUAGUGAACAAAGAAGAACCCUUGAUUGUGAACUCUUGUCCAAGAAAGAUGAUGAACUUCAUAAUUUAGAAGAAAAGCUUGGUCUUGCAUUGAGUAAAGUUAGCAAUAACGAGAAAACUAUUUCUGUGUUAACAAGGGAAAGGGAUGAUCUGAAAGUAUUGGUGGAAAGAGAAGCAGACAGCAUUAAGAAAUUGAGACAUGAGCUUCAGACUACCAAAGAAGCAUUGGAAGCAUCGAAAUUUGACGCUUCAAAUCUGGGAAAAGAAUUAAAGGAUGCCAAAAAGUCGUAUGAGGAAUUGAUGUCUGAAGGCUUAAGGCUUCAGGAUGAGCUGCAGAAAGCAAACAAAGUAUUAAAUAGUAACCUGGAAGAGGCUAAAUCUACUUCAAAAGAACUUUCAAACGAGCUUUUCUCAAUCAAGGAUGUCCUUAAGAAAACAGAAGAAGAACUUGGUGCUGCAAACACUGAGCUGAAAGCUGUGAUGAAAGACAGAGAUGGAUUAAAAAGGGAAUUGGUGGAGAUCUACUCAAAAUUGGAAACGGUAACAGAAGAACUGAAAGAAGAAAGGACAGUAGUUGGCACUUUGAACAGAGAAUUGGAGGUGUUGGGAAAACAAAUGUUAAAAGAUUCAGAAGCACGGAGAGCUCUUGAAACAGAUUUGGAUGAGGCUACCAAAUCACUAGAUGAGAUGAACAAGAGCGCGUUAUUGCUCUCAGAGGAACUUGAAAAAGCUAAUUCCAGAAAUGCCAGUCUUGAAGCAGAGGAAGAGAUGCUUUUACAAUCUGUUAUUGAGCAAAAGAAUAUUGCAAAAGAAGCACAGGAAAACAUUGAGGAUGCCCAAAAUCUCAUAGCGAGGCUUGGAAAUGAGAGAGAGAAUUUGGAGAAGAGAACUAAAAAGCUAGAAGAGGAAUUGGUUUCAGCAAAGGGAGAAAUAUUGCGAUUGAGGAGACAGAUUAACAUGAGCAAGGAAUCUGUAGAUGAGAAGCAUCCAAAACCCAAUGAUGUUGCAGCUGGCACUCCUUUUACUGUGAAAAAGACGGUAACUAGGAGAAGAAGGAGAAGCUCAUCUCCUGAAACUUAAUGAUAGCAGUCAAAGAUCACAAAAUGAGAAUCCAUUAUUGUUGCGUACAGUUCUUCCUGAGCUAAAUAGCCAUUUUUAUUGUAUCAGAAAAUGUGAAUGUGUUCUUGUUGCCUACGGUUGUUUUCGAAUUAGUUCACCAUUCUUGUGGCAUGAACCUGCACAGUACAAGGAUGCAAAAAUUUCAGAUUUACUUUUUGCAUUA